UCCGCCAGCUGUUUUCCUGCUGCACUGAGACGUGUACGCUGUCGAAACUAACUGACACACUUCUGUCUUCUGGACGGCGGGGAGACACACACACAAACACCUGCGAAAUGGCUAAGGAAACAAAAGGCAAAGCGACUUUACGCAAACACAGCACUUCUCACUGGUGUAUGCGUAACAUCACCCAAGAAUCCAUGGACAGCUCUGAUGAUGAGUUUUUUGAUGCCAGAGAGGUACUAGAGGGGAAGACUGCUAUGCUGUUGGGAAUGAGUCAGUGGAACUCUAAUGAUCUCGUAGAACAGAUUGAGACUUUGGGGCAGAUUGACCAGACACAAGAGAACCUGUGUCGUGUUAACCAGCCUCGGUGCAUCCACCAGAGAAGCAUUGAUGGACUAGAUAGCCUUGAGACAAGAUGUAAGACCCAGGUGCUUAUAUUGGUGGUGCAUGGGGGGAAUAUUCUGGACCCGGCAAGUGGUGACCUGGGGGCAAAGGCAGCAGACGUGGCAACUCUUUCCUCAGUUAUGGAGAAAGUCGCACAGGCUCACUUUGAAGCUGCCACACAUCACAUACUAAUCAAGCUGGUGCCCUGUCCUGCUGUAUGUGCGGAGGCCUUUUCCCUGGUUUCCACCCUAAACCCUUACAGUUAUGAUGAGAGCUGUGUGUCGAGCAGUGUGGACCACCUUCCACUGGCAGCUCUCCCCCUCCUCGCAAUUGCAGCACCGCACUACCAGGAUGCUGUGGCAGUAGUUAUAGCCCGAGCCAAUCAGGUCUACCACAGCUUUCUGCAGUCCUCUGAAGGACAAGGCUUCACCGGCCAGGUGUGUCUGUUGGGUGACUGUGUGGGUGGCGUGCUGUGUUUUGAUGCACUCUGUUUCAGCAACACCACACAGCAUGACAGUCCUAAUCACAGAGGGAGACACAACAGUACGGAGAGCCUAGGGAAUAAUCCAGGGCUUCUAGAAGAGGCCAACUUGGGUCUAUGCUCCAGUAAACACCUCAGCAAAAGCAACACUGACAUAUCAGCCCCUGAUGGGAGUCGUGUGAGGAGAAAAAGACUCACUCGCAAACAGAGUGACUUGUGUGCUAUUGACUCCACCAAGAGCCAGCAAAAUCCAAUUCUCAGCAGUCUGGUUCAGGAAGGAAUAAAUCAAAGUCCUGGAGGAAGUAGCACAAUGCUGAAUCCAGGCCAUUUUGACUUUGAGGUGUCAGAAUGUUUCUUGCUUGGCUGUCCACUUGGACUAGUGUUAGCCAUGAGACGCACUGUUCUUCCUUCAGUCGAAGUGACUCAGCUGCAGCCUGCCUGCUCCCAGAUCUUCAACCUGUUCUACCCUUCCGACCCAUCUGCCUCCAGACUGGAGCCCCUUCUGCAUUCUCUCUUUCACCGGGUGCCUCCAUUCUCUGUUCCACGAUACCAGCGCUACCCACAAGGCGAUGGGCGCUCGACUCUUAUUGCUGAUGACAUCCAUGGACACCCUGAUGUGUUCCUGGAUGAAGAAACUGUGCUCUCAUUUUCUCUGAGGGUAAAUGACACAGAGGGAACAGUGAAGCAGGUGGUUGGCAAAGGGCGCAGGGCAAGUCUGACCAGCACAGACAGUCAAGCAUCCGGCUGCUGGGAGAGCAAGCUCAGCUGCAUCACUGCCAACAUCUCCAGUAGCUGGUGGGGCUCUAAAAGGCUGGACUAUGCACUUUAUUGUCCAGAUGUAUUGACUUCAUUCCCCACUGUGGCUCUGCCUCACCUGUUUCAUGCCUCCUACUGGGAAUCUACAGAUGUGGUGGCCUUUCUACUCAGACAGGUGAUACAUUGUGACUGUGUGAAGGCUCAGGAGGCAGACAGCUCCGUCUGCACCUCCUUCUCCCCUUCCAGCCCCAGAGAGAAAUGGCUACGUAGACGCACACAUGUUAAGCUUAGGAAUGUCACUGCCAACCACAGAGUUAAUGAUGUCAUUGCAACUGAGGAAGGGCCACAGACUUUGGUUGGUCGCUUUAUGUAUGGCCCUCUGGACAUGGUGACUCUGACAGGAGAGAAGGUGGACAUAUAUUUAAUGAUGCAGCCUCAGUCAGGGCGUUGGGUGCACUUUGACACGGAGGUCACCAACAGCAAUGGCAGAGUGUCCUACACUAUCCCUGAUAGCAAAAAGCUGCCUUUGGGAGUGUAUCCAAUUAAAAUGAUUGUCAAGGGAGACCAGACAAGUGCAGAAGCUUUCCUGACUGUUCUGCCACGGGGAAUGGAGUGUGUGGUGUUUAGCAUCGAUGGGUCUUUUGCUGCUAGCGUCUCCAUCAUGGGCAGUGACCCUAAAGUACGUGCUGGUGCUGUAGAUGUGGUCAGACACUGGCAGGACUUGGGUUAUCUCAUUAUUUACAUCACUGGGCGUCCAGACAUGCAGAAACAGAGAGUGGUUUCAUGGCUUUCCCAGCACAACUUUCCCCAAGGGAUGAUCUUUUUCUCAGAAGGUUUGGUGCAUGACCCACUCCGCCAGAAAACCAUCUUCCUUAGAAACUUGAUUCAGGAGUGUCACAUUAAGAUCAACUCUGCCUAUGGCUCCAUGAAGGACAUCUCUGUCUACAGCAUGCUGGGUCUCAGCCCCAACCAAAUAUAUAUAGUGGGCAGGCCAUCCAAGAAAUACCAAAACCAAUGCCAGUUCCUCAGCGAGGGCUAUGCUGUGCACCUUUCUACGCUGCAGUUUGGUCACCGGGCCCGGGCCAAGAAAACCUCAUCAAUGCGCAUGGUGCUGCGUAAGAGCUCUUUUGGCCUGGCAUCAAAGCCGGACUUCUUGUCCAAGCGCACACACCUAAGACGCACCAUGUCUGUGCAGCAGGCCGAACCGCCCAUGACGUUGAAUCCCAAACCAGAGCGUGCCCAGAGCCAGCCUGAGUCCAAUAAAGAGACUGGUGGUAGUGAAGGAGGUGGCCAUGUUAUGUGGAUGCGAGCAAGCAUUCACCGGGGUAACACCACUCCCUGAUCAAACAAAGAGAAAAGAAUGAGAAAAGAGAAAACCUGGUUUCUCAGUACAUUGUCCAGGUAUUCAGAUGGGACUUCAUUUGAGAAUCACGAGAAUCCAUCCGAGUGUCCAUCCUUCAGUGCUCCAUUUCUCUUCUGUAUUAUCCUCACAUCUAAACCUUUGGGUGAGGCACCACUAAUGACGUCUCUGCUUCAAACUACACCAUAGACGGCUUGCAAAAUCUGCCUUAUCCUCAACAAUGCUGUUUUAAAUAAAGCAAUAACUGAGGUUCAGCAGAUUUGAAAUAUCAAUAAGUCAUCAUUCAUUAAUGAUUAAGUAUCAGAAUCCAAGAACAACACUUUUUGAGUUUCGGCUCUUAAGGAGACAACAACCCAAAUAUUUUCUUUCCGACAUACAGUCAUCCGAUAUUGAGGUAUUCUGUCAAUUCACCACAAGAAGAGCUUUUCAGCCAAAACAUCAAUACGUCUAAAGCCCAAGGAAAUAUGUACAGUUGAAGAAGAAAUCUCAUAUCAUGCUGCUUGAACUGGUCUUGAUGCUGCAAUAAUCCUGUUGUGUAAAUUAUGCUGACUCAACACUGCUCUCUGGGCAGCUGUUCGUGAGCUGGAUGGGUCUAGGCUGCCCUAUGCUAAUACUAUGCCAAAGUGCCAGUUUGACCCAAAACUGCUGUUUCAUCGUGCAGCCACUCAGCCAGAACAGUGCAUAUGACAGCAUUGAACCUUUGAUAGGAGAAGUGCUGAACUUCUCCCUACCUCUCUGCGAGGUCAUGGCUCAUGUCCCAUCUCUCAUGCCUGCUAUAUCAGCAACUGGGUAUUAUACAGCAUCACUGGUUUCUGUUUUGGCUAAAACUUUCCUUUAAUAGAAAAUAUGUAAAUGCUUAUAUCUGUUUUAUUUUUUACUCUAAGUGAUAUCUGUACAGAAAGCACGAUUUCCAGAGAUUUAAAAUGGAGGGCAGCUUAAGUGUAUUACAUGUAUUCUGUACAUUGUGAUUUGCUUGAAUUUCUCACUUGGGUGAUUAUUGUAACUUGCACUAAAUCAAAUUGAUUAUGGUACUAUUACGUAUAAUUGUUUAUGGCUGAAUACAGCAAUGUUUACCAUUCAAAUAAUGGUUUUGUUUUUGUAUUGUAAUAGUGGUUGUUGUUCAGAAGGUUGUAACUGUACUGCCCUAAUAUUACACAAUAAUAAAGUAAUUGUCCUAUUCAAUAGUGAUAUUGUUUACAUAUAAAUUACUCAUGUAUAGACUGUACACUACAGGCCAAAAGUUUGAAAGUAAUGCUUCAUUGGGGAAAAAACCUUUGGGUAGCAUGCUUGACAAUGUAACUCCCAAAAAAGGUUCUUUAAAACCAUGCCUCAGCAGAACCAUUUUUGAUUUGCUUGACCAGAGAUAUUCAUGUUUUAUCCACAUAUUCCUUUUCUACCAUGAAUAUGGACAGAGGAAAAAUUCUAACAAUGUACUACAACACUAUGCUUUAUAAAGUAACAAUGUAGGUUCACAGCAACAAAGUACACAUAUUGUAAGUGAUGUGUAGUACAUGUACAAUAUUUAGAUAUUAAAUUAU